UAGCUCCUUUCCACUGUUUCUUGCUCUGGGUUUGUUUGAAACAAUAUUGCAGUGGAACUGGAGCUCCGUGUUAGUGGCUUUUCUAAGGAAGCUUUAAUGGGUGUGGUGCUACUUUUUUACCUGUUUGCAAUCUCUGUUUCUGCUUAUGGAGGUAAGCAUAUUGGUGUCAACAUUGGUACAGAUGUCACUAACAUGCCAAGUCCAACAGAGAUUGUGGCCCUUCUUAAGGCUCAAACUAUCCAACAUGUAAGACUCUACGAUGCUGACCAAGCCAUGCUUCUUGCACUUGCCAACACUGGAAUCCGUGUCAUUAUUUCUGUUCCCAAUGACCAGCUACUUGGCAUUGGUCAAUCCAAUGCCACUGCAGCCAACUGGGUUACUCGUAAUGUGAUAGCUCAUUUUCCUGCAACCAACAUUACUGCCAUAGCUGUUGGAUCUGAAGUCUUAACUACCCUCCCAAAUGCAGCCCCUGUCCUUGUUUCUGCUCUAAAUUUCAUUCAAUCUGCUCUUGUGGCAGCCAAUCUGGAUAGGCAAAUAAAAGUGUCUACUCCACACUCUUCUUCUAUCAUCCUCGACUCUUUCCCACCUUCUCAAGCAUUUUUCAAUCGUUCUUGGGAUCCUGUCAUGGUUCCCUUGCUUAAGUUUUUGCAAUCAUCAGGUUCAUAUCUUAUGCUCAAUGUGUAUCCUUAUUAUGAUUACAUGCAAUCCAAUGGUGUAGUCCCUCUGGAUUACGCACUGUUCCGUCCCUUGCCUCCAAAUAAGGAAGCUGUUGAUACCAACACCCUCCUUCAUUAUACUAAUGUUUUUGAUGCAGUUGUUGAUGCUGCUUAUUUUGCAAUGUCAUAUUUGAAGUUUACCAAUAUCCCUAUUUUAGUCACCGAGUCAGGAUGGCCCUCCAAAGGUGACUCAUCUGAGCCAGAUGCAACUCUUGAUAAUGCCAACACUUACAACAGUAACUUGAUCAGGCAUGUCCUUAACAAUACUGGGACUCCUAAGCAACCUGGAGUUGCAAUUAGUACCUUUAUUUAUGAGCUUUAUAAUGAAGACUUAAGAUCAGGUCCAGUCUCUGAAAAUAAUUGGGGGCUUUUUUAUGCUAAUGGAGCACCAGUGUAUACAUUACACUUGACUGGUGCUGGUACUAUAUUUGCAAAUGAUACAACGAACCAAACCUUUUGUGUUGCCAAGAAUACUGCCGAUAAUAAGAUGCUACAGGCAGCACUAGAUUGGGCUUGUGGACCAGGGAAGGUGGAUUGUUCACCUUUGCUGCAGGGUCAACCAUGUUAUGAACCAAAUAAUGUAGUUGCACAUGCUACCUAUGCUUUCAAUGCUUAUUAUCAGCAGAUGGCUAAAUCUACUGGGACCUGUGAUUUCAAAGGAGUUGCAUCUGUCACCACCACAAACCCAAGUCAUGGUUCCUGUAUAUUUCCAGGAAGUGGUGGUAAAAAUGGUACUGGCAUAAAUGGCACAGCACUGGCACCAUCUACCAAUUCCACAAGUUCAGGAUGCUUGCCACAAUACUACAAUGGUGGUUGUUUCACAAGCUCAGUGAUUCUUGCUUUACUUUUGAGUGUACUUGUCUUGUAAAACUAGGCACAUUACCUAGUGAGCAUUAGAAUCUAAUUCAUGGAGACACACUCUUAACUACCUUUUGAAAGACUGUUGCACACCCAAUUUUGUGCUCCUCAUGUAAGAGGAUUUAAAGGGUGGCGAGGUUGGUCAAAUUGUAUAUUGGCAAUUGUAACGUGAGUUGUGCAUUGAAUUUUUGUACAAACGAACCAGAGGAAUUAUUUUACAUCAUUCCUGUAAUUAGCUUCU